AUGCAUAAACCCUUGCUUGCACAUUGGAAAGCUCUGAAGAGAGUUCUUCGGUAUGUUCAAGGCACUAAGCAACAAGGGUUACUCUUUCAUAAGAAUACAGAUUUCAGAUUGUAUGGAUUCGCUGAUGCUGAUUGGGCAUCAGACCUUGAAGACCACAGGAAGCAAAUCACUGUCAGUAAGAGCUCAACAGAGGCUGAAUUUCGAAGUCUUGCAGCGUGUGUCAAGAACAAACUUAGAGUGGUCCCAAGACCAAUCAUAAAUUUGAGGGAGGGAGGUGUAAAAGAUGUAGUGGACACUAAGGCAAAUUUGAGUAAUAGUGCUAGUGCAGUUUAUCACUUGUCUACAGGAACUGCAUACCAAGGUGGCAUAUUCUUCCUUGACAUCAUCUUUCUUUCCGAUUAUCCCUUCAACCCUCCCCAGGUAGUAUUCAAAACUCACAUUUACCACUGCAAUGUUGGCACUGAUGGUCAUGUUAGUCUCGAAAUGUUGAAGGAUGGUUGGAGUCCGGCACUAACCAUUACCAAAGUGCUAACUGCAAUAAGAUCACUUUUAACAAAUCCUGACCCUUAUAACGCUGUUGUCCCUGGCAUUGCUCACUUGUAUUUGGAAAACAAAGCAAAACAUGAUCUUGUUGCUGGAGAGUGGACUGCUCGAUUUGCCAAGUGAAUUAUUCAAGCCUUUUUU